AUGGCUUCUAGUUCGCUUACACUUUUUGAACAUAGAGAAAUAAUUGGUGCUUGGAAUUGUGGGCUAAGUGAAGCAGUAAUUGCGGCACAUAUAAAUAGAGCUCCGGCCACAAUUCAUAGAGUCAUCAUGGCAUAUCGUGACUGCCAACAAGAGAAACAUCCUGCUCGAACAGGAAAAACUAAAAAGAUCAUGGCAAGAGAUAGUCGGUCAAUAAAGAGACUAGUCAAAAAAAGCAGGAAGACAAGCCUGAAGGAAAUCAAAGAAGGCUUUACUGUUAAAAAAGUUAGUCAAACACAUUAUGUAGUCACCUUCAUUUUCAUGGUUGAGUUAGGAGUAAGAAAACCACUUGUGACUGAAAAGAAUCGGACCACGAGAUUGUGUUGGCCCAAGGAAAUGUGA